ACGUGAGAUUAUGGGUAUCGUUGCUUUUUGUGGGGUCGGUCUUCCAAUUCCCAUGCAAUUAUUUUCUCUCGGUUCAAAGGGUUUGCACGAGCGAUACUCUUUGAGGAAAUUGUUUGAAGCGCCGAAGGAAGGAGGUGUGCGGCAAAAGGGGGACAGCCUGCACGUACCGGUGUCUAUUGGGGUGCCUUUGUCUAAGCUGGAACAAUAUCACUUGGUUAAUGUAGACACUGAAAAUGAUGCUUUUUCUGUUCAUCCGCUAAUUCAGCACUUGCUAUUUUGCCGUCAAGAGGAAAAGGAUAGAUUGGAAUCUAUUGGUGCUCUCAGCACUAUGUUGAGCAAAGUCUUGGAGGGAUCUCCUUUAGACCGGUGGCAGCUGUAUAGCAAACUGUUUCCUCACGUAAUGAAAUGCUACCGACGUAUGAACGAUAUGACUGUGUAUGAUAUCAACUUUUUGUUACAAAGUGGAAAGAGGCUCGCACUGGUUGGUCAUUUUCAGGAAUCGAUUAAGCUUUUAGAAGACUGUUUAAGCAAAAUUAGGCAGAAUGUUAGAGAACAUAAGACUAUGAAUGAAGGCGAGACUUUGCUAGAGCUGGGAUCGGCCAAGAGGAGACUAGGAAAGUUUAGUGAAGCAACCGAAUGCACUCGUCUGGCUCUAGAAAUAUGGCGAAGACUUCCCAGCUCCCCUCGCGUUUCUAACCUUCAAGCAAGAACUAAGGAAGUUGUAGCAGAAAUACACUUAGAUUUGAACGAAUUUCAGCAAGCUGAAAAUUUGUUGAAAGAAGUGGAACCAUUGAUUGUUAGUCGUGGAGACGUGACAGAAAGCAAUGACAUGUCAGACAUUUUUGAGCAAGCAUCUUGCUUUGGAAACUUGGGACGUGCCUGUUUCGGACAAGGCAAGUACGACGAGGCUAUAGAAAUGUUUCAAAAAGCGGAGAGUGUUUUACAAAAAGCUAACUACUUUCGAUUUCAUCUCUACAAAGCUCAUCGUCUAGUGGCAACGGCUCGUAAGGCAAUGGAGAUGCAUUACAUGGAUGUGUACCACCGCACUUUCAAGCAGUGCAUUCGCGUACGGAAAGAGAUUGAAAAGCACUACAAUGCAAGACAUCGUUAUUACGCCUGGUUUUGCCGAGAAAUUUCAACCCUGCGACUUAAAGAAGCCGAAAACAUUAAAGCAGCUGAUGAUAAAUUGCGUAAAAUGAAGUUAGCUUUAAAACUGUGUCAAACAAGCUUACAGUGUCACUUGGAUUUGUAUAAGGAAAAGCAUCAAAAAGUUGCCAAAGCCGCAGAAGUAGCUGCGCGCGUGUGUCUUGAAUACUCUCAAUGUGAUGUGACAAGUGACAAGGUCAUCGAGUUUCGAAUAGUUACUGUCAGGUGCCUGCAGCUUGCUAUAAGAAUAUGGAAAGAUACACAUAAUGAGAUGAAACAGAACUCAUCGACGGUCGUCGAGCGAAAGAUAGCAGAGCUACAAGCAUUGGAGGCUGAGACGCGUGAUCCAAGUGGCAAUCUAAACGUGCGGUUACUGACACUAGAACGUAGCAGAACGAAAGACGAGGGACACGACACGCUUUAUAUGGCUGACAAUGCAGUUCAAGCUCUGAACUUUCUGACUAGGGAAGAUGGAUCUAACUAUGGUUCUACAAAUCUGACAGCCGUGCAUGUUGUAGGUUUACUCUAUUUAAUUGCUGUUGUUACUAUGCUCAUAGUAAGUCGUGCUACUAAUGUUUGAGUUUUAGUAAAACCUCCAUGGAACUAAAACAUUGACAAGAAGCGUUAUUUCUUGUAUUUGAGGAGUAGCAAGAGCAGUUAGAGACAACGUUUUAAGUUCUUGUAUAUUAAGUAAAUUGCUAUUCAGUACUUGGUCAAUUAUGCUGAUAGGGUUAAGUUUUGCAGUAAGGACAAUCUAUAUAAGCU